GCUAAAAAUUGACUUUCUGAUGCUUCCUUCUCUCAUUUCUUUGCAUGCAGAUGUUGUAGCUUUGGUUGUAUUGAUAUCUCAUGCAGAUCAAAUAAAUGACCUACUUUUUGGUCAUGAGAGUGCUUUAAAAGGGUCACGCAAAGAUGCUGUCAUCAUUCUCCAUUCAACCAUACUACCUGCUCAUAUACAGAAGCUCGAGAAGCGACUCACAGAGGAUUUGGAGAGAGUUUUUGUAGUUGAUAUAUAUGUCUCUAAGGGAAUGUCAGAGGUUUUGAAUGGCAAAAUAAUGAUUAUUUCAUCAGGACAGUCGGAUGCCAUUACAAGGGCACGCCCUGUUCUCUCUGGUACAAUCUACUUAUGUCACUACUCUGCAACACUUGCAUGA